CAGGGGAACAUACCCGUACUUCCUCCCAGAUCUGCGCCUCCUGCGUGUCCCCAGGGGUGUGCACUGGAAUGAUUGCAUGAACGCAGUGUCCACCGAUCUGAGUAUCGAGCGGUGGAACCAUGUGUUCGCUGUGACCUAUCAUAGGCCCAGUAGUAAAGAAGGCUGCCAUUCAUACAGCCAUUCAGAACUACUGUGAGCCCUGUGAUUUGUCACAGUGAUCACAUGGUACAGGGCUGUUGUGAAUAGCCUUGUACCAUGUGACCUCUGUGAUCAUUCACAGAUUUCACACGUA